UUUGAACACAAUCGCGUUGAGUCGCUGUUUGCUGUAGUUAGGUCGGGGAGCAGAGAGUCAUCUGGGCAAAAUGAGUAUCAAUGCUGAUGUCGCCACCGUGGACACCGAAGGAAACGAAGCUGCGCCUUUACUGGGAUCUAGAGCAGUGGAACCCAGAGCCAAAGGAGCCUCCUUCGCCUCCUCCGUUUUUAACCUGAUGAAUGCCAUCAUGGGCAGCGGUAUACUCGGCCUGGCCUAUGCUAUGGCUAGUACUGGCAUAGUUGGUUUCUGUAUUCUCUUGGUGCUUGUGUCUAGCUUGGCAGCGUAUUCCAUACAUCUCCUUCUGAAACUGUGUGACCAAACAGGUAUCAAUUCAUAUGAAGGCCUCGGAGGCCAAGCCUUGCAGAAACCUGGGAAAGUCCUGGUUGGAAUCACUAUACUCAUCCAAAAUAUUGGAGCCAUGUCGUCCUACUUGUUCAUCUUGAAAUCAGAGCUUCCUGCGACCAUCAGCAGCUUCCUCAGCCUAGAUCACCCCGGAAAUGCCUGGUAUGAAGAUGGCAGAACGCUACUGAUCCUAGUCACACUAUGUGUGGUUCUACCUCUGGCCAUAUUGCCCAAAAUUGGCUUCCUGGGCUACACCAGCAGCCUCGCCUUCUUCUUCAUGCUAUACUUCACAGUUGUGGUUGUGGUCAAGAAAUGGUCCAUCCCGUGCCCGUACAAUGUGACCACACCACCAGAUACCUACCAGGUAUCAAAUUCCUCCGACUCGGAAUGUACGCCCAAGCUCUUUAUCAUCUCCAGUAAGAGUGCCUACGCUGUCCCCACCAUGGCCUUCUCCUUUCUGUGCCACACGGCUGUCCUGCCCAUCUACUGUGAGCUGGACCGACCUUCUAAGAAGAGGAUGCAGAACGUUACGAAUGUCAGCAUCUCUCUCAGCUUCCUGCUUUACCUGGUCUCUGCUCUGUUCGGCUACCUCACCUUCUACAGCCGUGUGGACUCUGAGCUGUUGCUAAGUUACGGUGCCUACAUGCCGCAUGACGUCCUGAUGAUGACAGUCCGGCUGGCUAUCCUGCUGGCUGUGUUGCUGACUGUUCCCCUCAUCCACUUCCCUGCUCGUAAGACUGUGAUCAUGCUGCUGCGUGGAGGACGGCCAUUCUCCUGGCUGAGCCACAUCACAGCAACUGUAGCCAUCCUGGGCGUGGUGCUCCUGAUGGCCAUCUUUGUCCCGGACAUCAGAAAUGUGUUCGGGGUAGUGGGAUCAACCACAUCCUCCUGCCUCUUGUUUGUUUUCCCUGGAAUUUUCUACCUCAAGAUCAGCAACCAGCCUCUCAGGUCCUCUGAGUCCAUCGGUGCUGUGGCUCUGCUGGUCUUCGGUUUGCUUGUGGGAACGCUCAGCUUCUGUGUCAUCGUCGUCACAUGGGUGCAGAACCCCUGAAAAUCCCCCAAAAAACAAGUACAACCAGGAGCAAAAGAUUGGGAACAGUGUGCCAAAACAAAACCAAAUACCGGAUAAACCGAGACACACAGACAAAUAAUAAUAAUCAGCUGUCAGAUGAGUCACGAUAAAGAUUUCCUCAAUAGGAUAAUGAUAGACUACACAGGUUUUUUUCAGUUAUGAUUUCAAAAGAUAAUAGUUUUGUACUCCUUUGCCCUUUUUGUGCACUUUCUGACUCACAAGCAUGGACCAAACUCAAAUGUCAUCAUCUCCCUUGAAAGCCCCUAUAACACAUGGAGUCAUCGGCUGAAACAAAUCAACAACCAGGUUUUAUGUUUUACUCAUUCACAAAUCUUAUCUGUGCACACUUAUGUUAGAGUGUUACACACUAAGGUAACCAUUUGCAAAUAAUUAUUGGUAUUUUUUAAAAAUCCAUAUGGGUGGAGGUUAGUGCAUCAGGACAAUACCAGUAGUAUGAUGCAAACUGUCACAGAGAAGUUAAAUAACUGGAUUUCAUUCUCUGUGAGUUUUUUUCCCCCACUUUUCUUACAGUAUUUGUAUCCCUCUAUGUCGAAGACCUGGUAGACAAAACAAACCAUGUGAAGUGUUUGCAAAUGCUGUUGAUCUAAAUAUGAAUUGUAACUCUUUUACACUUGUUGCUCAAAUUUUGAAUUUUGUUCAUGGCACAACACACAAUUCUACAUAUCAUAGCGACCAAAUUUCACUCUGUGUUUGUAUGUCCUAAUGUUUUUAUUUUUGCUGGAUUUGUCCGCAAAAACAUUGUUUAUAUCCUUCCUUUCGUGUGCUGAAUUAUGUAGCACAGUCAGUCACACCUCAGGUAUAAAUGUUAAUAGAAAUUGAAAUUUCUGCUGCUACUUGUGUUUUUAUCUUUUCUACAACAAUGACUAGCAUUCAACUUUUGUUGGACUGAUUAUAACUACAUUUUAAUGUUAUGUUUACAUAACUGUUUAUGUUUAAUAAAAGGGAAUUGGUUUAAUA